AUGGCCGGCUGGGACGACUACGUCGACGACGGCCCGGCAACGCUCCGCAUCCCGACCCAGGGCUGGGAGGACGGCGCAGUGUACGAGCCAGGGCACUCAGAGGAGCCCGACGCGCCCAUCUUCAGCCUCGGCCAGGUCCAGUUCACCCUGCCGUCCGCGCUGCACUCGCUGUCGUGCACGAGCAACAUCCUCCUCCUCGCCUGCACCGGCAUCGGCCCCACCUCGUCGUCCUCGUCCGCCUCGCCGCCUCCCCUCCCUCAGCUCAUCCGCAUCGACCUCGACAAGCCGACCGAGGUCGACACGAUCGACGUGCCCGUCGCUCCUCCCGCCCAGCACGGCCGCGGCGCACCUGCACCUCCCCCGCCGAGCCUGCACAAGGUCCACGUCGACCCCGCAGGCCGUCACGUCCUCGUCUCGACCUCGUCCGGCGACAACUUCUACGUCUUCAUCGGCGCCCUCCCCGCCGGUGCACCCUCGUCGGCGGCGCCGUCGACCCGUCGCGCCAAGCCCCUCGCCCGGCUCAAGGGCGCCAUCGUCGAGGCCGUCGCCUGGUCGCCUUCGUCGUCCUCGUCCACGUCCUUCUCAACCGGCGGCAUCCUGCUCGGCACCACGACGGGGCAGCUCCUCGAGACGUGCCUCCUCGACCCGGCCCUCGACUCGUCGGCGGGCGCGUUCUCGCUCCCGGUGCCCGGCCGGUCCUCGAUCGAGCGCUACGUCAAGCAGCUCUACACCCUGCCCGAGCGGCAGAGCGUCGUCGGCCUGCGGUACGAGGUGUGGGGCAAGCGUGUCGCGGUCGUCGCGGCGACGGCUACUCGCGUGCACCAGUUCGUCGGCGCAGCCGGCCCAAAGGUCAAGGACGAGGACGCGGCGGUCCUCGAGGCCGUCAUGCAGCCCUACUCUUCCGGCGACGCACGACCAAAAACGCUCGAGCUUCCCGGCGAGCCACCCUCGUCCGAGUUGCACUUCUUCGCUCCGCCGUCAUCCUCGGACAAGUCGCGCCCGCUCCCAAAGAGCAUGGCGUGGCUCACCGCCCCGGGCAUCUACCGCGGCCAGCUCGUCUUCCCUUCCUCCUCUGCCGACCUGCAGCCGGGUGACGGCAUCAUCGACACGGCGUCGCUCAUCCCGUUCCCGUCCGACCCUGCAUCGUUCUUCCCGUCGGGCGAGCAGCAAGACCCGCCGAUCAGCAUGGCCCUCACCGAGUGGCACUUUGUCCUCCUGUACGACGACAAGAUCUGCGCCGUCGACCUCCUCACCGACAAGGUCGUCUACCAUGAGCACCUCAACCUUCCCGACGGCGCCCGGCCGCUCCGCCUCGCGACCGACCCGGUGCGCAAGACGCUGUGGAUGUACACCGACCAGGCGAUCUACGAGCUCGUCGUGCGGGACGAGGACCGCAACGUGUCGAACGUCUACCUCGCUCGAGGGCAGUGGGACAACGCUCGCCGACUCGCCAAGACGCAGCGACAACGUGACGCCGUCCUCGCCGCCGAGGCCGACUCGCACUUUGCGGCGGGCAAAUUCAUCCAGGCGGCGCAGGCGUACGCCCAGUCGUCCAAGAGCUUCGAGGAGGUCGUCCUGCGGUUCGUCGAGCGAGACGAGCGAGACGCGCUGCGGUACUACCUCAGCGCCCGGCUCGAGCGGCUCAAGCGCACGGACCUCACGCAGCGCAUGAUGCUCGCGACGUGGCUCGUCGAGAUCUUCCUCGCCAAGAUCAACGAGCUCGAGGACCUCGCUGCGGCUGAGCGUGCGAGCGGCGACGCCGACAACUUUCACGCCGAGCGGGCCAUCGUCGAGGAGGACAUGCAGCAGUUUCUCAAGACGUACAAGGACAACCUCGACUCGCGCACGGUGUUCGACCUCAUGGGCCGACACGGCCGCGACGAGCUCAUGCUCUUCUAUGCGUCGGUCAUUGGCGAUCACGAGCGCAUCAUCGAGUACCAUAUCGCGCACGAGGACUGGACCAAGGCGCUGCAGGCGCUCAGCAAGCAGGACUCGGUCGACUUCUACUACCGCUUCGCCGCCGUCCUUGUCCGACACGCGCCGAGGGAGGCCGUCGACACGUUCCUCCGUCAGCCCCAGCUCGACGUUCGCCGCCUCAUUCCCGCCCUCACCUCGCCUCGCGUCCGCUCGCCCUCCUCCUCGUCCGAGACGACCGAGCACCUCAUCCGCUACCUCGAGCACAGCGUCCUCAUGGCCCACAACACCGACCCGGCCGUGCACAACACGCUCGUGACCCUGUACGCGACGUCGCCCUCGCCGGCGCACGAGGCCGCCUUCCUGCGGUUCCUCGACCUGGCGCCGACCGACCCGGGCACGGGCGACCCGCUGUACGACCUCGACUAUGCGCUGCGCGUCUCGAGGGCGCACGGCCGGGUUCAGGCGUGCGUGCGCAUCUACGCGCAGAUGGGCAUGCACGAGGCGAGCGUCGACUUGGCGCUCGAGGUCGACGACGUCGAGCUCGCCAAGCUCAGCGCCGAGGGCCCCGAGGACGACGACCUGCUGCGCAAGAAGCUGUGGCUCAAGAUCGCCAAGCACGUCGUGGGCCAGAAGAACGACAUCAAGAGCGCCAUGAACUUCCUCGAGUCGACGUCGUUGCUCAAGAUCGAGGACAUCCUGCCCUUCUUCCCGGACUUUGUCGUCAUCGACGACUUCAAGGACGAGAUCUGCUCGGCCCUCGAAGACUACUCGUCGCACAUCGAGCGUCUUAAGGAGGACAUGAACGAGGCGACUCGGAGCGCCGAGGCCAUCAAGGCCGACAUUGCCGACCUCGACAACCGGUUCGUCGUCGUCGACGCGGGCGAGAAGUGCGGCAGCUGCCGACAGCAGCUCCUCACUCGCCAGUUCUACGUCUUCCCGUGCCAACACUGCUUCCACGCCGACUGCCUCAUCCAGGAGGUCACCAAGACGUUGUCGCCGUCCCAGCUACGACGCAUGCUCGACCUCCAGGCCCAACUCGCGCCCUCGUCCUCGUCUGCCCGUGCCGCCGCCAACGCCGCACGCUCGCGCCGCACGCUCCUCGACGACACGUCGGCCCAAGGGCUCAAGCUCGCCGCCGCCUCGGUCCAGGCCGUCGACCAGCUCCGCAAGCUCGUCCUCCCCGACGCCCUCAUCAGCGCCAUCGGCGGCGCCAUCCCGCUGCCCAACGCGCCUCGCGUCAAGGGCUUUUCGGCGCUCGGCGGGUUCGCGAGCGGCGGCGGUACGGGCGCGGCGACGAACGGCGCCGCGUCGGCCUCGAUGGCGCGCUCUCGGCGCGGCGACGAUGCGCACGACACGCAGAAGCCCGAGCGCGAGACGGCCGAGUCGCGCGAGAAGCAGGCGCUGCGCAAGCAGCUCGACGACCUCAUCGCGAGCGCAUGCGUCCUGUGCGAGGGAGCGAUCGCGACGGUAGACCGAGACUUUGUAGAAGACGGCGAGGAGAUGUGAAGCGCUCUCUUCUGCUCUC